CCACGUUUGAAUGACACUUGAGCUUUAACUAAUUUGACAGAUUCUUUUCACAAAGCAAGCGAUUAAACUGCCGUGCUAACGCUUCAGGAGUCUUCUACCAUCAGGUGGGCAGCAGUCCUAUGGUGCGAGCUUCUCUUACUGUUCAUUAGUGUUUGGAGAGAAUGGGAGGUAGUUCCUCAAAAACAAAUGCAGUUACACCAGAACCCAUUUCUACUACUGUCACUGUAGAUACCACUGUAUAUUCCUCUACGGCUCACUUUAAAGCUUCAGAAGUCAUAUGCUGGUGUAUCAACAGCCAUGAAAUCCUCUACCUAUUGCUAGCCUUUCUCUCUGGCGUCCUGUUGGCUAUUCUGGUUUUUGCAAUCAUCUGCCUCUUCAGAAAAAAGUGUAAGAGAUCCCACCAAAAUCCACAGGAGCAAGUUCCCUCCCAGACAGUGACUGAGGAAUCUGCUAAGAACAUCCAGAAUGAGGUUGCCUACACCACUCUGGUCUUCCAGCCGAGUCGGACACCGAUGGCUGUGUGAUGAUGAAGUUUCCAGUGAAAUGAAGAUGCUUGCACUUUCUGAACAUCAAACGCUACCAGAACAUUAUAUCAAGGCCUAAGGUGCUCUGAGAAAUGCCAGCACUGCCAUACGUAACAUCAGCUCAUUUUAUAGUGAAAAGGGGAAACUAAUGUCUCCUAUUCCAAGCUGCUUGCCAAUGGUUGUGGACAAAUUGCUUUUUAUACUGUAUUUCCUCAUCUGUAGAAAUCUCACUGCACUUGUAAAGUUUCUGUUUGUGUGUUUGCUAUUGCUUUGAACUACCAAAGAGAACUGAGAAAUGGAAA